AGUCGCUCUUCAGCCAUGAGACGCAUGUGGUUCAGUGUGGUUAGUUGCGCUCUGUUGUGGCUGGGCUGUGUGCGCAGCCACUUGUUGUCGCAGCCGGAGGUGGAUACACAUAUACAGCUGCAGGAGCAGCUCAUAUCGCAGCACAACGAUAGCGCCUAUGUGCAACGCGUGAUGCGACUGGCCAAAUCGGCGGAGAUGCGCAGCUAUAUGCAGCCGGAGCUGGAUGCCUGCGACGAUUUCUUUGGCUACAGCUGCGGCAACUGGCCCAAAAUCAAUCCGGCUAAUGCGGCUCAGCCUCGUGAGACCAACUACCAACAGCUGCUCGCCAAUGGCUAUCAGCACAAGCAGCAGCGCCUACUAGAGCAGCCAGCGGAUGCGGACAGCGAUGAUGCGGCUGUGUUGAAGCUUAAGCAAUUCUAUGCCAGCUGCCUGCGUUUCCGGCAGACGCCCGGAGCUGUCUACCGCCAACAACUGCUGGAGAUUGCCGCUGAACUUGGACGCAUGCCCGCACUGGCGCUGCCAGGUCAGCAGUGGCCAGCCGAUGGGUUUGACUGGUUGGCCACCGUGGCGCAUAUCAAGCGCAAGUACGGCCUGGACAUUAUAUUGCUUCUGCAGCAGGCGCCCGAUCCGCACAACAAAACCCAAAGUCGUUUAUAUGUUGGCCAGCCGCCUCGCUUCGUUGUGGAGCCCAAUCGUGCAGCUGUUGUUCAGCGCAUAGCCAUGCAGCUGGAGCAGCACUUGGGCGUGGAGGCGGCACUGGCGCGCAGAACAGCGCAGGAAAUAACCGAUUUGGAAAUGUUGCUGGCCAAAGGCAUGUCGACUCGUCCAAUUGGUCCACUCGCUCUUCCGCGAUCCACUGUGGAGCUGACCAAUGCCUAUGCGCCCACAUUGAAUCUGACACGUUAUGUGGAACUGGCCUUACAGCGUCCAUUACAGCCAGAGGAGAUGCUCUACGAACAUGUGGUCAGCUAUCAGGCGCAUCUACUGGUCGUGCUGGCCCAGACGCCGCCUCAUGUGCUGGCCAACUACAUCUUCCAUAAGCUUCUGGAGCGUUUCUACUACGACCGCGCGGCGCCAGUUGUUGGCCAGUGCUUGGCCAACGUACGACAGCUGUUUCCCGAGCUGCUCAACAACAUGGCUUUUCGGCAGUAUGCCGCUCCGGCGACCCUGAGCGAUAUCGAUGCCGUCUGGCAGCAGAUCAAGCUCAGCUUCCAUAAUGUACUCGAAAGCUCCAGCACAGAUUGGUUGUCCGUGGCGACGCGCAGCCAUUUGCUGGACCAGCUGAAUGCCACGCGCCUGCUGAUCAAUGGACAUGCGCAUCUGAACUUCACGGAGCGCUACAAGCAGCUGGAGCUGAAGCCGCAGGAUUAUCUGUUCAAUUUGCGCGCAGUGUUGGCUCACAGCACUCAGUUCGGCACGCCCACUAGUUCGCCCACUGUGCCCACAUACGAUCCAGAGGAAAAUCAAGUACUGGUGCCAGUGGCACUGCUGCAGCCUAAUUUUUUGUGGUCCCGCUUUUAUCCACGUGCGCUGCGCUACGGCAGCUUGGGUACAAUUAUUGCGGAGCAGCUGGCCCACAGCCUGGACAGGCGUGCUGACUGGGAUGCGGCAACGCUGGCUGAGUUUGGCAAGCGCAAGGCCUGCUUUAGGCAUCAAUAUGAACGUCUGCGUUUCGCUGGAGAGUAUCUGCCAGCCACUGAGCUGCAGGAUGACAAUAUUGCGGACAAUACGGCCGUGCAGCUGGCAUAUCUGGGCUACAAAAACUACCUGGCAAAUCUGGCCUCGAGCGCAUUGAUUACGGAAUAUCUGCCCCAGCUGAGCCACAGUCCCCAGCAGCUGUUCUUCAUCAGCUAUGCCCAACUUUGGUGCAACGAUGCCAACGAGCAGUUCCGGGAUAAGCAAUCGCUGCUGGCCGCUGGGACGCCGAAUGCGCUGCGGGUGCAGGGAGCGUUGGCCAACUUGGACGCAUUUGCCAGUGCCUUUGGCUGUGCCAACGAGACGCCCAUGAAUCCCGAACAGAAGUGCCACAUGUACGCCAAAAAUUUGAAUUAAUAAAGCCGACUGGUCAGA